UGAAUUUCAAAAUGAAUUUUAGUCUUUCAAGGAUACGGACAAGAAGCAGCAAGUGUUUGUUGAUUCUCUUAAAAGGAAAAUGCCUUUAAAUAGUAAAACGAAAAAAGAUUCUGAGAAAAGAUGUUCUAGUUGGUGGAGCUGUUUACAUGCGGCCAUUGAUGAUACAUUUUGGGAGUAUACCAGACGUACGAGAGUAAGUGGUAUUUGGUUACUGAGAAAACAUCGUACAGAGGGUAUAUCAAGAUGGUGUUGGUCUUCGGUAAUGAUUGUCUUAUUCCUAUGUGGAGUUUAUUUAUCUCUACAGUUGUGGUUAAAGUUCUAUUCUUAUCCUAUUUUAAAUACUAUAUCAAAUGAUUUACCCAUUACCGAUGUAGCUUUUCCGGGGGUGACAAUUUGCUCACCCAAAGUGGUGAAUAUGGAACGUGUAAGACGUUAUAUACGAACACUUGAUAUACCAGAUAAAUACAAUAUCGAAGAAGUUGCUGCUGGUUUUGAAUAUCUCAAUGCCUUUACCGAUAAGGGCUGGACGGCGCCCAAUAACAAUAAUACUGCUUAUGAAACUACCGAUGCUGUUUUACGUCACAAUAAUGUCACUCUAUACGAGGCUGCCAUGCAGGUCUGUGCCAGUUGUGAUGAUUUUGUUAAACGUUGCUUUUGGGGUGGACAUGAAUUUCCCUGUCGUCAGAAUCAUGAAUAUUUAUCUUUCAUACCGACCACUUCUUAUCUGGGACCCUGUUGUUCGUUUAACUAUAAUCCUCGUAAUCAGUCUUAUGUACCUUUUUCCUCUAACAUUUUCGGUGUCGAUGGUGGUCUUUUGUUUAUAGGAGUCGAGGGUUCUGAACGUAAUCUUUCUACCGGCCUAAUCGUUUUGGUUCAUCAUCCCAUGGAUUUUGUUACGGAAUCCACAACUUCGGUUACCAUUACCUCAAAUUCGGAAAGUUUUGUUGAAAUUUCUCCCACUGUGCAGAGUUCCUCGAAGGAAGUUCUAGAGCUAUCCGAACGUAAACGUGAUUGUUUAAUAUCAGACGAUGUAGCUUUAAGUAGUUAUCGUCAGGCCUCCUGUCUGGUGGCCUGUCAAAGUGAACUCAUUAUGCAGAAAUGUAAAUGUCAACCGUAUCAUUUGCCCAAUGGCAAGGCCGAGUAUGAAUGUAAACUUAACGAUUCCAUGUGUUAUUCCGAUGAGUAUGAUACUUUUAAGAGCGCCAAAUGUGAUCAAUGUCUACCCAAUUGUUAUGAUGUUACUUAUUCGACAUUGGCCUAUAAAACAGAUCUCUUGCUGCAUAAUUAUUCUAUUAGUUCUCUGUAUUCGUAUACGAACUUUACUAAGGACUCGUUUAUUGUUCGGGUUUAUUUGGCCAAACAGGUAGUACCUGCUAUUCAUAAGGUUACCGUUAUGUCUUGGAUUGGUUUGCUGUCUGACUUGGGUGGCGUUUUCAAUUUGUGUCUGGGCCUCAGCAUGGUAUCGGUGGUGGAAUUUUUCUACUAUUGUAUUUAUCGUUUGGCCAUCAACUAUAAAAUGCGCAAAGUUCUAAUGCAAUAAACGAAAGAAAGUAAAUAUUUACUUUAAAAUAAUAAAACACAAAGUUUUAACUAAAUUAUUUAAAGAAACUCAAUUCUUUUUCUUUUUAUUCUUAACAAUUUUUGAGGAAGAUUUUCGUUUUAAAGCUUUUUUGGAGUCAUCGGUAGAAUCAUCUGUUUUACUUGUUUCUUCUUCGGCUUUUUCUUCCGCUUUCUGUUCUUCAUCCUCAUCCUCCUCCUCAUCAUCAUCCUUUUCAGUGUCACUAAGAAACAAAAAGAAAAAACAUUAAAAUAUUUUUAUUUAAUUUUCUUUUACAUUUUACUCACCAUAUCGUUUGCAUAUUCUCAAACAUAUCCUCAUAUUCUUCAUUCUCUGACUCUUCGGCUUUAGAGUUUUUAUUUUUCUUUUGUUUGGAUUUUCUCUGAUCUACAUCCUCAUCAUCAUCUUCAGCUUCUUUAUCAUUAUCAUUCGUAUUAGGAUUUUCCAAAGAUUCACGUAAGAGUACACGAGAAGCUUUAGAUUUAACAUAACAUUGAUAGAGAAGCACACAGGUGUCGGCAUGAUGUACACGAACAUAACGAUCCAAACA